UUUGUUGCCUCACCAGCAUGCCUUUCUCUCUCUCUCUCUCUCUCUCUAUCUCUUCUUUCUCUUUCUAACCCAUCCACUUAUAAAUUCCAUCCUUCUUUCAUCGUCUCUCACUACAAAUCCUCUGUUCUUCUGCAAAUUCUCUGUUUCUUCAAUGGCCGAUUCUGGUUUUGAAGGCUUUGAAAAGCGUCUGGAGCUUCACUUCACCGGCGAUGAACCCAUUAUCCACAUGGGUCUUCGGCAAAUCGACUCAAAUUCCCUCGAACAAAUCCUUCGAACCGUCCACUGCUCGAUCGUCUCCUCCGUCGGAAACCACUUCUUUGACGCUUACGUCUUAUCGGAAUCAAGCCUCUUCAUCUACCCAACUAAAAUCAUUAUCAAAACUUGCGGCACUACUCAGCUCCUCAAAUCCAUUUUCCCUUUUCUUCAUCAAGCUCGCAGUCUCGGCCUCACCCUCUGUUCUUGCCGUUACACCAGAGGCAAUUUCAUUUUCCCCAAAUCUCAACCAUUUCCACAUUCGAGCUUCAAAGAAGAACUUCUCUACUUAGAAGAAUCACUCCCCAAAAACCUCCAUUACCGGAAAGCCUCUGUUAUCCCUUCAAAUCUCCUUUCACAUUCCUGGCACGUGUUCACUGCUGCCGACCACCCCGAUUUGCUCCACCCAAAUCCGGAGUUUCUCUACACCGUUGAAGUUUGUAUGACGGAACUCGACCGGAUUCUCGCCCGGAAAUUCUAUUUUCGACCCGGCGAUGGAAAAACCGGGAAUUCGGUCGGAAAGGAGAUGACCCAUUUGACUGGAAUCGGGGAUAUUAAUCCGAGUGGUUUGAUUUGUGAAUAUGCGUUCUUCCCUUGUGGGUAUUCGAUGAAUGGAAUCGAUGGGGAUCGGUAUUCGACGAUUCAUGUGACGCCGGAGGAUGGGUUUAGUUACGCGAGUUUUGAGUGUGUCGGGUCGGUUUACGAUGAUUGA